AUGGCUGCGGCCCAAGUAAAGGUCGUUUUUACGACCAAACACACAGACAUCGAGCUCCCCGAAGAAAAAAGGCAACUAGUCGUUCCCUCAGACAUUAAACGCUAUGGCCUCUCCCAGAUCCUCAACCACUCGGACAUGCUCGCCACCUCCCACCCCAUUCCCUUCGACUUCCUCAUAAACGGAUCCUUCCUCAAAGGCACGCUCGCCGAGCACCUCGAGCGCUCGGGAAUCUCUCUCGAAGGCACCGUGACGCUCGACUACGUCCCUAGCCUCCUCCCGCCCUUUUACGAAAAUAGCUUCCUGCACGAGGACUGGGUGUCUGACGUCGACGUGCUCUCUUCCACAUCCCCGGCCGUCAAGGCGCUCCUGGCCAAGCAGGAUGGUGAAGGGGAGUUCGAUGUUGCGAGCGAGAGGUUAUUGAGCGCUAGUUAUGACAAGUUGCUGCGCGUGUGGGAUCGCUCGGGCCAGAUGCUCGCCGUUUCACCCGACGCCGCGAACGGAGGCCACAGGAGGCGCGUGAACACGGCCAAGUUCCUCUCGCCUACCAAGAUCGUCUCAGCCGGCAUCGAGGGCACGGUUCUGGUCUGGGAAUACGCCGAAACCGCCGGAAGGGGAACCCUCAAGCCCGUGCUAGAACUCUGCGCACAUGCCGACCAGAUUAGGGACAUUUCCGUUCACCACGCCAGCGGCAAGUUCCUCACCGCCUCGUCGGAUGGCCGCGUCGGUCUCUGGACGGCCUCGCGCAAGGCUGCUCCUGCCUACGAAGCGCCCGAACAGACCUCGCGCUCCACGAAGCGCGUCAAGAGUUCUGUCAAGCUGCAGCAGCGCGGACCGCUCGCCAUGGCGACGGUGUCGGACAAGCCUGUCACGGCGGCGAUAUUUCACCCUUCGGACGCGUCGGUGGCCUAUGCUUCCUCCAUGGACGGCUCCGUGCGCACCGUCGACCUUGCGACGCAGAAGAUCGUGUCUUCGCUCACAACGAUGCAUCCCCUCCGCUGCCUCGCCGCGCUGACGAACUCGCCGCUGCUAGCUGCAGGAACCACGGCCAGGCACAUCACGCUCAUCGACCCUAGGCAGUCGGCGGCCACGACGUCCGUCAUGACGUUGAGGGGACACCUCGGCUGGGUGGAGAGCGUGAGCGCGAGCCCGGAGAAUGAAUAUAGUCUCGUGUCGGGCUCGUGGGAUAGUACGUGUAAGAUUUGGGAUUUGAGGAGCGUGAGGGCGGGUACGAAGGAGGAAGGGGGCGGGAGGGUGUGUGACGAGGUGGUGUAUACGAUUCCGAGGGAGAGCAUGAAGGAUGCGAAGGUGAAACCUGAUGGGAAUGGGGGGAAGGUGUUGAGGGUAAGGUGGGAUGCUAGUUGGGGGAUUAUAUCAGGCGGUGAGGAUCGUCAGGUGCAGAUAAAUAAGGUUGGCUGA